GGAGAAUGCUUUGUCGUACUUGCGGCACUGGAUCAUGACAGCUUGAUGAACGCUGCUGAGGCAAAACGUGGUCACCAUCUUCCUGAUCAAGGGUCGUCUGAGCUCUCGAGGCGUUUGCGACGCGUAUGGUGACUGAUAAGGCGGCAGCUGCUAGCAGUUUUACUGCUAGCUGCUUUAGCCUGCGUCGGUGAUCGAGAUUGAGACUAAAGAAGGGGCAUGAGAGAGCAUCACCUGACCGCUUCCUGCUCACCAUGAAUAGAGCUACUGCAGUUGCCAGAAGCUGCAAAUUCUCCUUCCGACUAGCUGGCUGCUUAAAUUCCCUCGUGCAAGAUGUUGGCCAGCAUGAGAGAUUGCUUCUUUCAAGACGCUUCCAAGGAUCAGGGUUCCAUGGCGCUUCUGUUUGCUCAGGUCCCAAUCGGACCACAUUCCGGUCAAAGGACUCAAGUCCAAGUCCAGCACCAGGUAAUCUUUUCAGACGGGGAGUGACCGCUUGCGCUUCUACGCUCAGUACGCCUAAGAAUGUGCACGCGGAUCCAGUCAGCUUCUCUCAGGAUGGAGCAGCCAAAGUUCCAUUUGUCAUCGACGCAGACGAAGCCGCUCGCCAGGUGGCAGCUUCAGGACUCUCAGAGGAGGCCUAUCUCGCACAGCUAGUCAAACCGACCCUCCCCUUGGCCCGGCCCGUGAUGUCCAAGUUCCAUGUAGGGGCGGUCGGGCUAGGCGUCAGCGGCCGCAUCUUCCGGGGGGUCAAUCUAGAGUUCCCAGGCCUCCCCCUGCAACAAUCAAUCCACGCAGAACAGUUUAUGAUUACGAACGCGAUGCUCCAUGGGGAAAGGGCCCUGAAAGCGAUUGCGGUGUCGGCUGCGCCGUGCGGUCACUGCCGGCAGUUUAUGUGCGAGUUGCCAGACUCUGGGAAGCUCAAGAUCCUGAUUGUGGACAGUCACGCAGAGGAGAGCACACUGGAGCAGCUGUUGCCUCACAGGUUCGGCCCCCACGACUUGAAGGAGGAUGCAUUCCCUCUGUUACUAGCAGAGCGAGACAACCGACUCGAACUGGAAGAUGAGGACGGUAGCGAAGGGAGCAGAGAGCUGCGGGAAGCUGCGCUUGAGGCUGCGAACAAAUCUUACGCGCCGUAUCUAGAUUGUCCGUCGGGGCUGGCAAUCAGAACAGCGGGGGGAAAGGUGUACAGCGGAUCCUACAUUGAGUCGGCGGCGCACAACCCGAGCAUGUCGCCGUUGCACUGCGCGCUAGUCGCGGCUGUUGCGCUUGGCGGGGAGAGCUUUGUAGAUAUACGGGAAGCAACGCUUGUGGAGAAGCGUGUGGCACAGACAGAGCACGCGGAGAUCAUGAAAAUCUCGCUUGCAAAGAUUGCUCCUCAGGCGAGGUUAGCUGUUUCUUAUGCGCGGAGGAAACUGUGAUCAGCUCUGUUGUCUGUCUGGACUGAGCACGUGUUGUUGGCCUGCCUGGAGCGAGCUCCGAAACAUCAAAGACUACUUGAAGGCCUUCUUGAACAGCCUAAUCGUACAUAAAUCCUAUCUAUACGCAGGGUUCACAAAGAAAGGAAAAUGAAAGCUAGUGCCAUAGUGCAACUUAUUAAUAGAAACGAUGUUCGAAUGUUGCAUAGGUCCGCAAAUUCAGCAACAGUUUCUAUCAACCCUCAGCGACCAUCAGUCCUUAAUCAAUUAUGGUCAAAUGAGUCAAUUGCCAAGCACUUUUUUUUCUUGUGCUUCGACUUGAUCAAACUUGAG